AUGAACAUCAACUCUUCAUUUCAACCUCUGGAUAUGGAUGACAAACACGUUUACUUUGAAAGUGCCAAUAGGAUGGUGGAGUUCAGUUAUGGCUUUGCAGUGUUUUUGCUCAUAACAAACAUACUCAUAGUAGUUUUAACUUUCAUUGGCAAUUCCAUUGUCAUUCUUCUUGUCAUAGUGUAYGGACAACUAAGAGUUCCUGCCAAUUUGUUCCUUGCCAAUCURGCUGUAGUUGACCUUUUAAAUGGGCUUGUUCUGCAAGUGCUUCACAUCAACACUCUAUUCAGGAGCAUCACGAUGUCAAAAGACAGAGAYAAGAUAUUCACCCUAAAUUGGGUAUAUUUCCUUGAUGCCUUUGGUCUGACCAUMCUUUUUGCAAACGUAAGCACCCUCUGCUUGAUAACAAUUGAUAGAUAUAUAGCAAUCACGCACUCUCUGAAGUAUGUAUUGAUAGUCACUAUCAAACGUGUAAAGAUUACAAUUGUUAGCUCGUGGAUUACUGGUCUUAUUCUUGGCGUUGUUUCAGCCUUCCUCUUUCCUGUGCAAGAYGAUCAUCGAACAGCUCCCUUUUCCAUUCUUGUGAUAGGUGCGAUUUUCGUGACAACCAUUUAUGUUAAGAUCCAMAAAAUAUCCAGGAUACAUAUCAAAAAGAUUAGAGCAGAUYAAUUGAGUGUAAACCCAGACUUGCAACAAAUGCCAACAGAACGUAAAGGACUUCAAACUGUUGCUCUUAUUUCCAUUUCCUUGUUUGUCAGCUACCUUCCACUGACCAUAGUAGGUUUAGUGAAAAAAUUCAAUAGCAGGAAUAUCAGUGAAUAUCAACUUAAUGCUCAAGAAGCCGUCUUUCAGCUUGGGAUUGCAUUGCUGUUUCUGAAGUCUGGAGUCAACCCCUUGCUAUACUUUUUCCGAAAUGAAAUGGCAAGGAAAUACACUUACAAACUGUAUAAAAUUGUCAAAGCAAAGUUUAUUUCUGGACAACUCUAA